AAGUUCACCGCUCUGUUCACUUGCUUCGUUCCUCACUCCUUUUUCCCUCUUCUGCUGCUUCGUCUUCUCCGUUCGUCACCCUUUUUCCUCAUCUCCUCGCUUUCCUUUCCAUUUUUCUUUCUGGGUCUCUACAAUUUCCUCUCUCAGGCAUUGCAAUGUGUUUGAUUUGUACCUCUGUUCUGUGAAUUUUUUUAGCCUUUUCUGCUCCGGACGUUGAUUUCUAGCUUUGGGUGUUUCAGAAUUUGAGCUGUGGCACACCUUUUGUUUGAAGGAGAGGCUCUGCUUGUAUCCACGACGUGAUGAAUGCAGCGUCGAAGGAAACGAUGAUGACUUCCAAUCAGGCUACGAAAAUGUUUACUUAUGAGUUUCCUGAUGUCGACUCGGAUUUAUCUAUCUUCCCUGCCCCGGAAGAUGAUGUCUUAGGGGUGGAACAUUUCUUGCAACCGGACUAUAACAAAUGCUUUCCUGGCAGUGUCCUUGAUUUCAACACGUUCCACUCUCAUAAGUGCUUAAGCAUUGAAAAUUUUUCAUUUGCUGUUGAAUUUGAUCAAAUAAAGAUCGAUAGUGAAUCAUUACAUUCUAGCCUCACACUAGAAGGAGAGAGAACCAAGCAAGAGGUCCGUGAUGAAAAAUCGAAAGGAACUGACGAUGUUGCGUGUUCUGGGAUCAACAAACUUUCGGGAACUGUGAACCGUCAAACCACGGAUGAUAUCUUCAAUUUAGCUCCCGGUUCAUGCAAUGCUUCUUUUCUAGGCAAUGUGGAUUUUGGUUACCCACAAGGUUUUUGUUCAACAGAUCUUGGUGUUGAUUUGUCUUUUGCUGGAGGUCUGGGGCCAAAACCUCUAUGUGACUGGAAUUCUCCUUUCAUAAGAGACAUUCAGCUUAAAAAUAGUUUGUCAGUUGCAGGGCAUAAUGUCGGUUUUGAUCAAAAGGACGCCAAACUUAUGAUCUCAUCGAGCACUGGGUCGUCAGGAUGUUCAGGUAGCUCUACUGCGUGCUUGAACGACGAGAAUAUGUCAGACGACAGGCCUGUGAAAAGGAAGAGGCUUUCAAGCUGCGACUCCUCGAAAAUAAAUUCUGAGCAUAUCGAAUCUAAAAUCGUUCCUUUUAAUGAAGGAAACAAAGUCGAAACACUCGUUACAGAAAAGAGAUUGCGAAAGCCUCCUAGGAGAUACAGUGAAGAGUCGAUUGAACAAAAAUCGAGAUCUAAUUUCAAGAAAAGCGCUCUGAAAGCUUCCAAGGAUAAAUCUCUCCCCUCCGUGUGUCACAGGCAUCAAUGGCAAAAGAAACUUAAAGCAGCACCAAUCGUUCCCAAGGAUAAAUCAUUCAACGGAGGUUGUAUUCAGGUUCCGUUCGGUCUUCCAAUCGAAGAAGGUCACUCGACAAAGAAGAGAAUAUGUUGGGAGCCGGAGGAGAUCAAGGACAAUAGGAUCCUAUGCAUAAAAGAUAAAAACGACGUGGAGUCUUUCUCAGCCGAGUCCGAAGAUGAGAAUACUGAAGACGAGUGCGUCACGAAAGGUAAUACUACUCAAAAAGGCAACAGUCGUAGGAAGCAUCACAUAUCAUGGACUCUUUCCGAGGUUAUGAAGUUGGUAGAAGGCGUUUCAAAGUACGGAGUCGGAAGGUGGACAGAAAUAAAAAGGCUUCAGUUUUCAUCAUCUUCACAUAGAACGUCGGUCGAUCUCAAGGAUAAAUGGAGAAAUCUAUUAAAGGCAAGUGACACCCAGUUACAAAACAGAAGAAAGGUUGUUCUUGGUCGAAAGCAAGCAUUGCAGCAAGUACCGGAGUCUGUUCUAUGUCGUGUUCGGGAAUUGGCAGCCAUUUAUCCAUACCCAAGGGAAAACAAAUCGAAGGAAACAUGCUCGGCCCCGACAACAUCGUCCUUCAAAUCUAGUACCAGUAACAUGCUUGUAUGUUUGCCCACAGUUAUGUGAUUGAAUUUCUAGUUAUAUUAGGAAGGUAGGAAUGUGAAAUCUUGGUUACCCACUGACUUGUUUGGCAUACACCAUUGUGCUUUGGUAUUGAACCCAAAUAUUUUCCUUGUUCAUGUACUGUUCAUUGUCUUUCCAUCUCUGCAACCCAGAAAAGAGCUGAAAAUGGAGGCUGUGAGACAAGAUGUAGGUGUGUGGGUAUGCGUUUUUCGAUGUCUUCGACUAUAUAAGCUCUAGGAGGUGUAUUGUACUAACCAUAUUGUAAAGCAAAAGGAUACUACUUACUCGGUUUUAAA